AUGUACCGAGAAGGAGACGUAACGGUCAGUGAAGGAGACGUAACGGUCAGAGAAGGAGAUGUAGCGGUCAGAGAAGGAGACGUAACAGUCAGUGAAGGAGACGUACCGGUCAGAGAAGGAGACGUAACGGUCAGUGAAGGAGACGUAACAGUCAGUGAAGGAGAUGUAACGGUCAGAGAAGGAAACGUGAAGGUCAGAGAAGGAGACGUAACGGUCAGAGAAGGAGACGUAACGGUCAGUGAAGGAGACGUAACAGUCAGAGAAGGAAACGUAACGGUCAGUGAAGGAGACGUGACGGUCAGAGAAGGAGACGUGACAGAAGGAAACGUAACGGUCAGUGAAGGAGACGUACUGGUCAGAGAAGGAGACGUAACGGUCAGUAAAGGAGACGUAACGGUCAGUAAAGGAGACGUAACGGUCAGAGAAGGAGACGUAACAGUCAGUAAAGGAGACGUAACGGUCAGAGAAGGAGACGUACCGGUCAGAGAAGGAGACGUACCGGUCAGUAAAGGAGACGUAGCGGUCAGAGAAGGAGACGUAACAGUCAGUGAAGGAGACGUACCGGUCAGAGAAGGAGACGUAACGGUCAGUGAAGGAGACGUAACGGUCAGAGAAGGAGAUGUAACGGUCAGUGAAGGAGACGUAACGGUCAGAGAAGGAGACGUAACGGUCAGAGAAGGAAACGCAACGGUCAGUGAAGGAGACGUGACGGUCAGAGAAGGAGAUGUGACAGAAGGAGACGUAACAGUCAGUGAAGGAGACGUAACGGUCAGAGAAGGAGACGUAACGGUCAGAGAAGGAGACGUAACAGUCAGAGAAGGAAACGCAACGGUCAGUGAAGGAGACGUGACGGUCAGAGAAGGAGAUGUGACAGAAGGAGACGUAACAGUCAGUGAAGGAGACGUAACGGUCAGAGAAGGAGACGUACCGGUCAGAGAAGGAGACGUAACGGUCAGUAAAGGAGACGUAACGGUCAGAAAAGGAGACGUAACGGUCAGAGAAGGAGACGUACCGGUCAGAGAAGGAGAUGUACCGGUCAGUAAAGGAGACGUAGCGGUCAGAGAAGGAGACGUAACAGUCAGAGAAGGAGAUGUAGCGGUCAGAGAAGGAGACGUAACAGUCAGUGAAGGAGACGUACCGGUCAGAGAAGGAGACGUAACGGUCAGUGAAGGAGACGUAACAGUCAGUGAAGGAGAUGUAACGGUCAGAGAAGGAAACGUGAAGGUCAGAGAAGGAGACGUAACGGUCAGAGAAGGAGACGUAACGGUCAGUGAAGGAGACGUAACAGUCAGAGAAGGAAACGUAACGGUCAGUGAAGGAGACGUGACGGUCAGAGAAGGAGACGUGACAGAAGGAGACGUACCGGUCAGUAAAGGAGACGUAACGGUCAGUAAAGGAGACGUAACGGUCAGUGAAGGAGACUUAACGGUCUUAGAAGGAAACGUAACGGUCAGUGAAGGAGACGUAACGGUCAAAGAAGGAGACGUAACGGUCAGAGAAGGAGACGUACCGGUCAGUGAAGGAGACGUAACGGUCAGAGAAGGAGACGUAACGGUCAGAGAAGGAGACGUAACGGUCAGAAAAGGAGACGUAACGGACAGUGAAGGAGACGUAACAGUCAGAGAAGGAGACGUAACGGUCAGAGAAGGAGACGUAACGGUCAGAGAAGGAGACGUAACGGUCAGAGAAGGAGACGUAACGGUCAGAAAAGGAGAUGUAACGGUCAGAGAAGGAGACGUAACAGAAGGAGACGUAACGGUCAGAGAAGGAGACUUAACGGUCAGAGAAGGAGACGUAACGGUCAGUAAAGGAGACGUACCGGUCAGUAAAGGAGACGUAACGGUCAGUAAAGGAGACGUAACGGUCAGAGAAAGAGACGUAAUGGUCAGAGAAGGAGACGUAACGGUCAGUAAAGGAGACGUAACGGUCAGAGAAAGAGACGCACCGGUCAGAGAAGGAGACGUACCGGUCAGAGAACGAGACGUACCGGUCAGUAAAGGAGACGUACCGGUCAGUAAAGGAGACGUAACGGUCAGUAAAGGAGACGUAACGGUCAGUAAAGGAGACGUAACGGUCAGAGAAAGAGACGUAACGGUCAGAGAAGGAGACGUAACGGUCAGUGAAGGAGACGUAACGGUCAGUAAAGGAGACGUAACGGUCAGAGAAAGAGACGUAACGGUCAGAGAAGGAGACGUAACGGUCAGUGAAGGAGACAUAACGUUCAGUAAAGGAGACGUACCGGUCAGAGAAGGAUACGUAACGGUCAGUGAAGGAGACGUAACGGUCAGAGAAGGAGACGUAACGGCCAGUAAAGGAGACGUAACGGUCAGUAAAGGAGACGUAACGGUCAGAGAAGGAGACGUAACGGUCAGUGAAGGAAUCGUAACGGUCAGAGAAGGAGACGUAACAGAAAGAGACGUAACGGUCAGAGAAGGAGACGUAACGGUCAGUAAAGGAGACGUAACGGUCAGAGAAAGAGACGCACCGGUCAGAGAAGGAGACGUACCGGUCAGAGAACGAGACGUACCGGUCAGUAAAGGAGACGUACCGGUCAGUAAAGGAGACGUAACGGUCAGUAAAGGAGACGUAACGGUCAGUAAAGGAGACGUAACGGUCAGAGAAAGAGACGUAACGGUCAGAGAAGGAGACGUAACGGUCAGUGAAGGAGACGUAACGGUCAGUAAAGGAGACGUAACGGUCAGAGAAAGAGACGUAACGGUCAGAGAAGGAGACGUAACGGUCAGUGAAGGAGACAUAACGUUCAGUAAAGGAGACGUACCGGUCAGAGAAGGAGACGUAACGGUCAGUGAAGGAGACGUAACGGUCAGAGAAGGAGACGUAACGGCCAGUAAAGGAGACGUAACGGUCAGUAAAGGAGACGUAACGGUCAGAGAAGGAGACGUAACGGUCAGUGAAGGAAUCGUAACGGUCAGAGAAGGAGACGUAACGUAA